AUGUCUGGCUUUCGUAACGCGUCGAAUGGCGCGCCGCCAACCGGAUCGCAAGGCGCCUCUUUCGGAUCUCUGACGCCAUCACGUCCCGCACCGCCCGUGCCCACCGGCAAGCACAAUGAUCCUUUCCUGCCUCCCCUCUCGCAAUACAACUCGGCAUCCAGUUCCAUGGGCAAGGGCGCCGGCGGCGGUUCGUACACCGGACCGCUCCGCCCUGCCGGACCUGGCGCUACCGCUCCUGGCGCAGCACCGGCCAACCACAUGGGCGGCAACAACUCGGGCUGGCAGCAAGCGGGCCCCGGCGCCACUACCAGCGGUGCUGCCGUCGUACGAAAAGGCUGGGUCAGUGUCAAGGAGGAUGGCAUUCGAUCUUGGAUCUGGAGCAAGCGUUGGCUCGCCCUUCGCGAGCAGACCCUCACCUUCCACAAGAACGAGACCACCUACCAAGCCGUCGCCCUCGUCUUCCUCAAGGACAUUUCCAACGUGUCCCGCACCGAUCUCAAGCCAUACUGCAUCGAAGUCGAGACCAAAGACAAGACCUUCUACCUUCAGCUCAAGAGCGACGAGGAGCUCUACGGCUGGAUGGACGACAUCUACUCUCGCUCGCCGCUCAUGGGCGUCUCCUCGCCCACCAACUUUGUACACCAAGUGCACGUCGGCUUUGAUCCGAUCAGCGGAGCGUUCACGGGUCUGCCCGAGCAGUGGUCGAAAUUGCUCACCACUUCGGCCAUCACGCGCGAGGACUACGAAAAGAACCCGCAAGCCGUGCUCGACGUCCUCGAAUUCUACACCGACAUCCAGAAGCGCGAACGCGACGACUACGGUCUCGGCACGCCCACCAUGAACAUUCAGCCUGGACGCAAGCCUAGCGAGGUGCCAAGUGCUCAGUCCGCACCGCGAUUCAAAGCGGGCACGGGUUUCGCCGGAAGCGACAGUGUAGACUCGGCUUCGACGCUGAGCAGCCAGGCCAAUCUCUACCCCGGCGGAUCCGCGCCAAAGCCGCCUUCGGACGCUUUCCGCAGAGCGCCUGCUCCUCCCUCCUCCUCCUCAUCGUCCUCUGCUGCGUCUUCCUUGAGACCCGCACAGAGUACGGCCAUGAUCCGACGACCCUCGGACGACGGUCGAGGCCCUGGCGCCUCGAGCCCAGCCUCGUCGCAGGCUUCCUCUUCGCGUCUGGGCGGUGGUUCCGCGUCCAACGAUUCUCAGUACGGGCGCAAUGCACCCGGUACCAGCCACUCGCCCUCGAGCGCACACCCGGAUCUGGUACCAUCGCGCAAAGCACCCGCAGCUCCUGGCGCUCCCAACAAGGGGCCUACACCGGCAUCAUCGCUCGCCUCCACUCGACCCGCACCCCCUCCGCCCAACUCGUCGGUGCCCUCCAGCAGGAUGGCCAACGACGGUGGUGUGCAGGGUCUCAAUGUCAAGACCAAGGAGCUCAAGCUCGGAAGCGAGUCGGCUGGCAUUUCGCCUUCUUCCAAAGCAGUGCCCGUCGCCAAACAGCCAUCGCCGGUGGCGGCGCCAAGUGCCGCUCAGGCGGCGCAGGUCAAGCCCCUGCAGAUGGCCAAGAAGGACACGGCCGCCAAGACGCAGCAGAAGGAGGCAGACCGACGCAUCAGCACCAUGUCGGAAGCGCAGAUCAUGGAGAAGCUGCGAUCGGUGGUGAGCCAGGACGACCCCAACAUGCUGUACAGCAAGAUCAAGAAGGUCGGCCAAGGCGCUUCGGGAUCCGUCUUUGUCGCCAAGACGCUCGCCACGGGUCAACGUGUCGCCAUCAAGACGAUGGACCUGUCGCAGCAGCCCCGCAAGGAGCUCAUCGUGAACGAAAUCCUCGUCAUGAAGGAGUCCCAGCAUCCCAACAUUGUCAACUUUUUGGAUUCCUUCCUGGUGCGCAACAACGAGUUGUGGGUCAUCAUGGAGUUCAUGGAGGGAGGUGCGCUGACGGAUGUCAUUGACAACAACACGCUCGAGGAGGACCAGAUCGCUGCCAUCUGCAUGGAGACGUGCAAGGGCCUGGAGCAUCUGCACAGCCAGAGCAUCAUUCACCGCGACAUCAAGUCGGACAACGUGCUGCUCAACGCCAGCGGUCAGGUCAAGAUCACCGACUUUGGCUUCUGCGCCAAGCUCACGGACCAAAAGUCGAAGCGUGCAACGAUGGUAGGUACACCUUACUGGAUGGCGCCCGAGGUGGUCAAGCAGAAGGAGUACGGAGCCAAGGUGGACAUUUGGAGUUUGGGCAUCAUGGCGAUCGAGAUGAUCGAGAACGAGCCGCCGUACCUGGACGAGGAGCCGCUCAAGGCGCUGUACCUGAUUGCGACCAACGGCACGCCGACGCUCAAGAAGCCCGAGACGCUGUCCAAGAACCUCAAGAGCUUCUUGGCCGUGUGUCUUUGCGCGGAUGUCAAGAGCCGUGCGUCGGCGGACGAGCUGCUGCACCAUCCGUUCCUGCAGUCGGCCUGCCAGCUGUCGAGCCUCGCGCCGCUGCUGCGAUUCCGCAACAAGCCCGACCGUUAG